AUGACGACAUCUAAGACUGGUCGAACUUCAUUCUCUUCCUCAUCUACUGCUUUACUUGCUGUCCCUUAUUCAGUAACAUCUGGUGAAUUACAUAAUUUUGAUUUAACUACAUCAUCUCAUUUAAUUUCAACUGGUUCAUCUUCAGAUCCUGCUUAUUUAUUCAGCCAAUUAAAAAGUACUGAAUGGAUACAAAGAUAUGGUCUUAAAUCUCAAAAAUUAACCUUUGAUCAAAUUCUUCAAAAUAUUGGAUUCAAACGUGUUGAAGGUUUUGAUCCUGUUGUUGGUAAGACUAUCAGCGCAAAAUAUGCUGGUAAUCUUUAUAAUGAAGUACAACAUGAUAAUGGUGAUCGAUACGUUUUAACAUGUCGCCCAGAGAAAUUACGUGAAUAUGUUAAUCGAUUACAAAAAAUAUUACAUUUAUUAAGAAAACGUUUAAUGUUUAUAACUAACGGAUCACGUCGUUUAUUUGGAAUAAUUGGUGAUCCAAGUGUAUGUCUUGUAUGUGAUUGUAAAACAUUUGAUUAUCGAUUAUUUAAUCAAUUUCAAGCAGCUAUAGCAAGUUUAAUUAAAGAACAAAUUACAAAAAUUAAAAGAUUUAAUAUUAUUUGGGUGUCGAAUGAUAAUGAACAAUUUCGAGCAGAACCAGUGGAUGUUAACUCAACGAAUAUUGAUCAAGCUAUUGAUUGGGUAUAUGAUCGAAAAUGUCCUCGAAAUAAAAUAUCACUAAGUGCAACGUGCGAAGCAGUUCUUAAAGGAUUUACUAAUGAUGUUCAUAGUAUAUAUUUAAUAAGUGAAGGUGAUUCAUCAGAUUAUGCUCGUGAAAUGUUACGUGACAAUAUUGUUAAAACACGUCUUUCAUCUAAUCCUUCAAAACCAUUACAUGUUGUUUCAUUAUUUUGUCAUAAUAAUGAUACACAAACAUUUCUUCGUUCAAUUGCUCAAUCAGCGGAUGGAAGUUAUUUUUGUUAUAAAAUUAAAAGUGAAAUAUCUGAUUUAAAAGCACCAGCAAAUUUGAAUGAUCCAACGCGAAUUAAAUUACAAGAUGAUAAAUUACAAAUUGGUACAAAUGCUUUAACACCUUUAUCAGAAUAUCCAAUUGAUAUAACAUUGAUGUAUAAGGAAAUUAUCGAAUGUCAAAGUAUAAGUGAUCGUAUAGAAAAAAUUCUUGGUUUUGUACGAGAUGAAAGUCAAAUUCCAGUACAAUCAUUUGCAACAACAAAAUCAUCAGAAGCAUCUAAUACAUCUGGUGAUAAAAAUAUUCAACGUGGUCUUGUUGUUCCAUCAACAACAUUAUUUAAUAAUGAGGAAAAUGAUAUGACAUCAGCUGAGUGGUUAAAAAUUUUUGGAAUAGAUGCACAAAAACUUGAUUUCUUUUCGGUUCUUCAAUCAGCAGCAUUUAAACAUUGUGAUGGAGUUGUGAGGGUAUUAAAACCACCAAAUGAUUCUGAUCAAGUCACUGACAACACUCCAGCUAAUCCACAAGAUAAAUUGAUAAAUGCAAUAUAUUGUGAUCAAUUUGCCCAUGUCGCAUGGCCAGAUGGAACGAUUCGACAUGUUCACGUUACCCCAGAACUUCAUCGUGAUUAUGAAAGACGAAUACGGAGUUUACUUGAAAAAAUAAAAGCAAGAUUAAAAUGGUUAAAGAAAGGCAGUCGUGAAGUAUUCGGUACUGUUUUGGAAAAUAAUAUUUAUGUUCUAAUUGAUACAUCACAAAGUAUGCAACAUCAUUUGGGUUUUGUUAAAGAAAAACUUCGUCUACUUAUACAAGAUCAAUUAUCUGCUAAAGAACGUGUUAAUAUGGUUGCAUUUAAUACUGCAACAAAUCCUUGGCGUGAUCGUUUAACAAAAAUUAGUGAUUCAACAAUAGGUUCACAACUUCAAUCAUGGAUUGAUGGACUUCAUGCUGAAGGAUCAACAAAUACAUUAGCUGCACUUCGUUUUGCACUUGCUGAUUCAGCUACUGAAGCUAUUUAUCUUCUAACUGAUGGACGACCUGAUCAAAAUGAACGACAUAUUCUUUCACAAGUUCAAUAUCGUCAAACAGUUCCAGUGCACACAAUAGCGUUUAAUUGUCAAGAUCAAACAGCAAAUCAAUUUCUUUUUGAUUUAGCUAAACAAACAGGUGGACGUUUUCAUGCAUUUCAAUAUGGAAUCAAUAAACAAACAACAAUUGAAAUACCCGAGAGUGAAGAUGUUGGAAGUCUUAUGCGAGAAUUAACUCGUGGUCAAAAAGAAUUAGAACGUAUAGCUGGUUUACGUGAUGAAUGUUUAGGACAAGCAUGGCCACGUGAAAAUCUACCACCAAAAACAACAAAACAUAAAAAUCGUCAGACUAAUAAUGAUAAUAAUUCAGCAUUGUUACAAUUUAAAAGUCAGAGUGCACUUGACAUUACAGCUCGACCACCUAGUGCUACAAUGUCACAACGAACAGGUAAUAAAAAAAAACGUCCAACAACAACUCAAAAUCGUAAAGCACCAAGAUCUCGAUCAGCAAUUAAUGUAUACGAAUCAAAUGAUGUUCUUAAAAUAAAUUAUAAUCAAUGGCUUUUACCAGAAACAGAAGUAUAUUUACACGGAAAUAAAGAACAAUCAACAUCUGGUACAGAAAAUGAACAACAAGCAGAAGUUGUGCCAUCUGUGACAGAAAAAAUUCCAACUCCAUAUGAUGAAGUAAAAGCUUAUUUAAAAAAGAAUAGUUUAGUUGCAAAAGCUUUAACUAUCUUCGAUGUACUUUAUCCAACAUCCGUUACGGUUAAAGAACCACGCCAUAUUCAAGUUAUUGAUCGUUAUGUUUUAUCUAAAGUUUGGGAUGAUAUUUUACCAUUGGCAUAUGGAUCUUAUGCUGGUAAAUUACGUUUAGUAAAUCAUUAUGCAGUUGAUUUGGAAAAAUAUGAAAAUAAACUUAAAGAAUUACUUGUUAAUUAUCAUAUAUUUACGUCAAAAUUUAUUUGGAAACAUUUAAGCAUUGAAGAUAAACGAAGACUUGGUCCACAUAUUUAUUGGGUUAGUUUAUCAAACGAUGAACAAAAUAAAUUUGAAAAAAGUAUACCUAAAGAUGAACAUACCAGUGAAAGUGCAUUAGAAAGUUAUGCUUGGCGAAAACUAACUGAUGCUGAACAAACGAAUUUAUUAGAGAAACCUUUAGUUUAUCAAGAUAAAAAUCAAGCUUUCUUAAAAACUGUAUUAAAAGAAGCUGGAGCAGAAUCAGCAUAUAGUGCAGUUACUCGUAUGGAUACUGAAAUACAUCGUGCUAUUAAAUUUUUACAAAUCUCAACUGAUUUACGUAAAUUACAAAAACGAGCUGAUGUGGAAUCAAAAGUAGAAGAACCACCAAAAGGUCCACGAAGACCAUCCGUAGAUCGAACUUCUGGUCAACGUUUUAUAUGUCGUUUUGAUGCUGAUGGAUUCUUUUAUGCCUGCAUUGUAAUAAGAAUUACAAAUGGCAAAACUAUUGUUCGAUUUGAUAUGGGUAUUGAACAAGACGCAACUGGACAUGUUCUUUUACCAAUAACUGGUGCAAUUGCUCAACCACAUUUAUUUGUAAAUGAUUAUGUAUUUGUUCGUCUAAUGAAUAAUAACGAAGAAUUUUGGGCACCUGGUAUUGUUAUGGUUCUUCCAUCGCCAGUCUCUCCACAACCAUCUUUACAUAUGGUACAAAUAUAUACUCCACGUUCAUAUCAAGUUCAUGUACAUCGUCGUGAUCUACUUAAAAUAAGUUUAGGACUUUUUCAACGAACUCUUUUAUAUCUUCAAAAUAUUCAUCAUAUACAUACAACAUUUGUUGGCGGUACGAAUGGAUCAACAACAAUUUCAUCAAACUCAUUAGAAGAUACUCUACGAAAAGGACUUGAACCAUUAACAAUUAAAAUUAACCAUUAUCAUGAAACGCAUACUAAAAAUUAUGUUCAACUUAAAACGACACUUGAAUAUCAAAGGGAUGCAAUUUACGAUUUACAAGAGCAAACACAAAAACCAAAUACUAAACCAGAUAUUAAACAUAACCAAACUCAAACAAAUGAAAUUCCAGUAAAACCAUCAAAGCCUCCAAAACCACCAAAGCCUCCUAAACCAUCAACUCCUCCAUAUGUACCAACACCUACACCCACACCUACACCCACACCUACACCAACACCCACACCCAAACCUAUAGAUUUCAUUGAACCAAAUACAGAUGUAUAUGCUGUAUGGUUUGAUUAUGGUGGAUUUGUUUAUCCGGGCACUGUAUUAGAAAAACAAACUGAUUCAAAUAAAUAUCGUGUUCAACGAAAAGAUUUAUCUCAUACUUAUUGUUUUAUUUUACGAGAACAUAUAUUUCUUCAAUCACAACGUACACGUUUAGAUAAAUUAAAACCUAAAUCAUGCGCUCUUAUUCAAUAUCCAAAAGAUUUUCGUCAAUGUUGGCGACCUGCAGUAGUACUUAAACAUGAACAUUCAAAAAUACAUGUUCGCUUUUAUGAUUGUAUUGAUGAAAUAUUUCCCGAUCAUGAAUCUGUAAUACCAAUAACUACAGACCAAUUUGCAUAUUAUGCAAAAUGUCGUAUUGAUUAUGAAACUUCUCUUAUAAAUCAAGUUAUUGUUGGUUUAAAUAAUGAUCAAAAAAAAUUUAUGUUAGGUACGAUUAUUGAUCGAGUUGAAUCCGGUCAUAGAUAUUUAAUUAAAUGGUGUGAUGAAACAGAAAGUUAUCAAGAAGAAGAACAUUUAUUUGGAACGUUUAGUACACAUAAUGAACAUCAAAUUAAUUAUUAUGUUUUAGCUGUAGAUGGUGAUCAAUAUAUUUAUAAACCAGCUCGAAUUAAAAAAAUAUUAAAUGAUAAAAGAACAUUAAAUAUUCGUUUUCUUGAUGCUGAUCAACAGAAUAGAGAAGUCGAAGUGCCGUCUGCCGCUACAUUUGUAAUUACUGAAGCGUACUAUAAAGAGAUUAUAAAGCGAUUACAUGAAUGA